CGGGGCGCUGGAGCGGGGCCGGAGAGCAGCGGCUGAGCGAGCGCGCGAGCGGGCGAGAAGGCCAUGGCCGUCGUUCUGCCCCGCGGCUGGGAGGUGAAGCGCGACCCCGACAGCGGCUGGCCCUACUACAUCGACCAUAACACCGGCACCACCACAUGGAAUGACCCCCGGCUCCGCAAGGAAAUGCCGUACGCAGGGUUUGAAUCUAAUUACUGGUAUCCUACUGGACCGCAAGCUGGUCCAUAUCCAAGUAACUAUUCUCAAAUGAUGGACCAUCAAAUGCCUCCACAAGGGUUGGUCAAUGGUGUGUUCUCGUCUGGACGAGCGCCGUCACCGCGGCCUGUCCAGGGGAACGCUUGGUAUCCCCCGGGGCCGGCUGAGCACCCGCGGGAGGAGCCCAUAACGAGCGAGAGCCACCAACAGCAGCCCUACCGCCAGCAUCCUCAGCACCAGCAAAACCCCACGCCACAGGCAGGGCUGCCAAGGCCUCCGUCCAACGGGAAUGCUUCCUCCGCACAGUGGGCCUACUCGCAAACGGGCCCGCCCAACCAGGGGCUGCUGUCGAGGCCGCAGGCCCCCACUCAUCAGGCUUAUUCACCGGCCCAAGGACAACGGGAGCUGUACGAUCAACAGCCUCACUACCCAGUGACGCCAUCUCAGUACCCCUUUGGAAGCCCGGGUACUGCCCAGCAACAGGCCCUCUAUCCUCCUCAGCAUCAGCCUGCACAGUGGCAACCCUCGAUGCCAGCAUCUGCACUUCCCACAGCGGGAGUGCCAACUCACGACCCCUGGGCCCAGGUCCGAGUCCCAGCGAUGCAGUCAUCCGCGGAGCAGUUCACUCAUCCCAUGUCAGGCUUUGGGGGCAACAUUGUUUCGGGACCCUCGCCAGGCUGGCAGAGAGUCGACCCACCACCGUCUGUGUAUGACCAGAAAGAUAUUCCAUAUUCCAUAAACCAUCAGGACCCCCUGCCUUGCUUAAACAACGCAAACUUCCCAGGGAAUGACCAGCAACCCGCAGGCUACCUCCCACCGCAACCCCCAGACCAGCUGCCAGGCACGACGCAAGCCACACGGAUGGAGUACAGCGCUCCCCCGACUGUGUACAAGGUCCACACUGAGAGCAAGGGAGGUCGAGAGAAGGCCGCGGGGGCUGCGACUGACGAGGGGACGCAGCCGGCUGAAUGUCCCGUGCACCCCGGCCAAGUCAAGGUGGAGCAAGUCAUGAACAAUGUGCAGCAGUUGGAGGCCGAGGUGAACCAGUUUGACGGAAAGCGGGGAGACAAGACUUACCGCUUACUGGAGGAGCUGCUGACAAAACAGCUCCUGGAAGUGGACUCGGUGGAGACGAACGGCCAGGAGCACAUUCGGCAGGUGCGGAAAGCGGCCGUCCACAAGAUUCAGAGUGUGCUGGAGAAAUUGGAGAGGAUUGCGAGGUAGAAGUUGAGGCCAGCAGAAGGAGAAUUCACCCACCGCUGUCAGGAGUAAACAGUUGAAAUAACUUUCCAGCACCAGGGGAACAGGACUGAUGGACCAGGGCAAUGAGUCCCUUGUUGCUAGUAAAACUCUUAACCUGACCUCACUGUGUAUGAAUUGUUCUUGUGCAGACUAGGUUGUUUGGUUUACAGGUGCAUUUGAAACGAACCUAGCAUGCUUGCCAUGAAACCACGAGUGAACAGUCCAAAUAAAGAAUUUCAGUUUAGUAGUGACCAGGUGAGCAUUGUAAGAAAACGUGACCAAUUUCAUGAAUUUAUCUUUUUAAGACAAAUCUGAACCUCUCUGUAUCCACUUGGGACUGAUUAAAAGCUUCAUUGCA